GUUAAUACAUUUUGUUGGUUUUUUCGCUGGCGAAUCGGUCUUGCUCGGAGCGUAGGCCUCGUAUCGCGUUUCUUGGCAGCCGGAGAUCUUCGGAAUGAUCAGCGUUCUAGCUCAGGAGCGUCUACUUGGCGCUGCACUGGGAAGUAUAUUCACUGGAGUCGUCGUUUUCGCGCAGCGGAGAAGCAUUUACGGGACAAUCGCGGAGAACCAAUCUCAAAUUACGCCUCAAUCUCAGAUGGGAGAGCCUAUUUUUGGGGAGAAAUCUCAUUUUGAGCUUGCACAGCUAUGGAACAAAGCAGUGGAUCAAACAUUGGGACCUGUGAUUGAGUCCCUCAGCUCACGCGGAUGGUAGAAAUGUUAAUGAUACUUACUAUUAACACAUAAAUGUAUUCCUUGACAUUUUGUGAGUGUUAGACAUGCAAUUGCAUGUCCGUUUGUAUCUUCAACUUCCGGCUUACUAAAGAAGCAAAUCACCUUGUUGAGGGAUCUUUGCAACAUUUCUUAUUUUAAUUGUUCUGGCCGCCGUUGUUGAUAUUUUAAGCUAUUGCCACAAUCUUAAUUGUUUUGAUUUUAG